AUGGUCCUAGAUACCUACAAGAUCGCUCGGAAGUGGCAGCUGGGUCCUUCUCUUGGGACCAAGGGCAACAAGCAAGGAGAGUUGGAGGGCAAGCUGCUGAAUCGGGCCGGGCCUCAGAAGCACAGGGCGCUCGGCGAUGCGCGCGGGGUGGCCCUGAUGCUUCCCAAGAUCCUGGCCUGGGGGCAGGCCAACGGCCACAAGUUUAGCCACAGCUGGAUCAAGAGCGCGCUGGACAUCACCCCCCAGAAGCCCUCGACCGCCCGCUGCGAAGGCCGGCAGACCUGGUGA